AUGGACUUUUGCCUUUCGAUCACUCGAGACGCCACUUCAUCUUCAAUCUUUGAGCAGAAACCGAACAUUAUGGCGGUAUCAAUCGGCAAAAGGAAAAGAAAGGACAUCGACGACGAUGGGCGCGGGAGUGGGGAUGAGCAUGACGACGCGAUGCGCGCGCUCUUCCAGAAGGCAUUCGAGGCAAAAUUCAAACCGUUAGAACGGCAGCAGCCUGUUGUCGACGAAGACGCAGAGUCAAGCGAUCAAAACGAAACUCCGCCAGAAGAAGACUCUGAUUGGAGCGGCCUGUCAUAUGACGAAGAUGACGAGGAGAUCGAAACCUUCCACCACGACUCAUCGGCCAUCGACCAAGCACAACUGGAUGCACACGACAGGAAAUCCUUCAUGUCCUCCCGACCACCAACAUCAACCGGCCAACCCAGCACCUCCAAAACACAAACCGCAUCCUCUCAGCAAAAAGCCGACCCAACCGAAGUAACAAAUCUAAAACACGACCUAGCCCUGCAAAGACUCCUCAAAGAAUCCCAUCUUCUAGACCCGGAAUCCUUCCAAUCCGGCAGCAGCGGCGCAUCAACACCUACCACCUCCGGCAAAACACGCCUCAAAGCCCUCGACCUCCGCCUUCAAGACUUAGGCGCAAAGCACCCCGCCACCCAACAGCAGCGCAUGCCUCUCUCCCAUCGCAAAGGCAUCGCGGCCAAAGCGGCGGGCCGCGAGCAGCAGCGGCGCAAGGACGCGGUGGAGAAUGGGGUCAUUUUAGAGAAGGCGCGGAGUGCUGGUGUUGCUGGUUCUGCCAAGGGGCCGGUCAAGCGGAGGGAGAGGGGGAUUGGGGGACCGACGGUGGGGAAGUUCAAGGGGGGCACUUUGAGGCUGAGUGAGAGGGAUGUAAGGGCUAUUCAGGGGAGGAAGAAGGGGAAGGCGGGUGGGAGGCGGUGA